AAUAAAUAAACCUCUUCUUGUUAAAAAUAUAAAGGUUUCAAAACAAAAGUAUACUAAAUUAUAUGGAUCUGAGGUUGAAUUAAAAGUAAAGAUACCUGAGGACGGUGGACCUGUUUUUUGGCUAUUCAAUGACGAUUUGUUAAACACUUCUAAUUCUACGAAAUACAGAUCAGUCAGUGCAUCCCAACCUUCAUUAAAAAUAAAUGAUCUACAUGAUGCAGAUAUUGGUACUUAUGUAUGUAAAGUUAUGUAUGAACCUGAAAAUGAAAAUGAAGAGGAGGACUCAGUAUUAAGUCCAACAAUAGAAGUUGAACUUAAAGAGCCAGGAUUUUGUUUAGAACUUUCAAGGUUAGAAGUAAAUUUUGGAGUUGAGGCUUCGAUUCACUGUAAUAUAUCCAAUUGUCCAGAGAAAUGUGAAUUUUACUGGGAAAAAAUUAAUGGAAAAAAUGAAAUAAAUGAAUUACCAACCAGUUAUAGAGCAGAGGACAAAUAUUACUGUGAAUCCACAAAGGAUUUUUCAACUUUGACUAUUAAAAAUAUGGAUAAAGAUGAUGUGGCUUUUUAUCGUUGUUGUAUAAAAUCCUGUUCGUCAGAAAAUGAAUUUAGAUUCAAAAGUCAUAGAAAAAAGGUUUAUAUACUAAAUGAACCAGAUGUUGAGAUGAAAAUCCAUUCAAUAGAUGUUUAUAUUGGUGGUAAAGUUUCUAUUGGUUGUGUUAUAUCACAUAGCCCAAGAGACUUUGAAGUGUUCUGGGAGAAAAUAGAUAUAGAUGAUGACAAAAAGUCUUAUUUGAUAGAAAUUAAUGACCAGACAAAGGAGAAGUAUGAAAAGUUCACUAUGAAAUAUCCACAUUUAACAAUUAAAAAUGCACAGAAGUCUGAUGAUGCCUUCUAUUGCUGUGGUAUAAAAUACUUGUCUUCUUCUGGCGACCUUGUUGUUAAGAGUGAAUGGACACGUCUUCAUGUUCUUGAAGAAAAGAAAACUGGGGAAACUAAAAUAGAAAAGCAGUUCAAUAUUCAUGCGAAUAAAAUAGUACAUCUCAACACGGGUGUUGGCGAAGUUCAUAUGAAUACAGACGAAACAAAAGAAUCAUCAAAUUCUAACCAGAGCAGCAGUUCAUCUGGCUCCUCUGAUUCAAAUGCUGAUGACAAAAUGGGCGACACGUCUUCUACUGCAAGUGAAAGCAAGCCAACUACAACUGAUAAUUCAAGGGAUACUGCUCCAAAGAAUGGUCAGACGUCUAGUGAUAUAGAUAUCAAUCUUCAGGAAAAACCUCAGUUGAAGAUUGUACCUCCAAAGGAAGAUUUUAGUUUUAGUGAAAUGGAGCGAAUAGCUGUUUUAAAAGGAUUUGUUGUUAAGAAUGUAUGUGCAGAUGGGAAUUGUAUGUUCCACGCAAUUUCACAUUACAUUGGAGAUCAGAUUAGUACACGCCCACUUAUAGCAGAAGAAAAAGCAAAAGAACUCAGAAGGAAAAUUGUUCAGUACUUAGAGAAAAAUGACACAGCGCCACAAGGAGACAAAUAUUCAUCCUUUUUAGAGGAUGAAAUAAAUGAUCAAAAAGGGGACAAAUGGUCAAAAUAUUUAAAUUCUAUGAAACAACAAGGAACAUAUGGGGAUGAAAUUAUUUUGAGGGCCAUUAGCCAUCAUUUCAGUGUUCAAAUUUUAGUGUUGUCUACUGAAUCCCCAAAAAGAUUUUUAAAUUAUGAUCCAGCUCAACCAAAUGAACAAACAAAAACUAUUCACCUUGGUUUCAUGCAUGAAAAUCGUCACUACGUCAGACUUGAAAAAAAGGAAAGAAUGGAUCAACAAUCCUCAACCAGUGAAUCAACAGUUUGACAGCAAAUAACCUUAUAGAAACGAAAAUUCAGGGUACAAGGAUUAAUUAAGUGCUAGUUUGUUAUGGGGAAUGUGUUCUGCCAAAGAUUACAGAUCUCAAGUGUGUUUGUUUAGUUGUUUCAUUAGAUAUCCUAUCAGUAGAAUAAACAACAGAAUUGCCCUCUAUGCAAUAUUUUGAUUGAUGGAAUGUGAAAAUGUUUGUGUUUUUUUUUAUGUGUUCAUUCUGAGGAUUAAACUUUUCACUUAAAUUAGAAUGGACAACAAAAUUGUCCAAUGUGCAAGAUCUUCAUUGAAGGAAUGCGAAAUGUUAUGUGCAUUUUUCAUCUGAUUUAAUUGUUCAUUCUGCAGAUUUAAUUUUUAACUUAAAUAUGGGUACACAUUCACAUGAUGCAAUUUUAUAUUUGAUCCAUCAACUGUAGCACUCAGGUAAAAGAAAUUUCUAAUUUGGAAAUAUUUAGGUUUUGUGUUAUUCUAACGAAAUACCUCAAGGCUUCUGUGCUUUUGGUAUAUAUAUUUGUUUUGCAUGUACUGGUAGCACAUCUGAAGAACACCAAAUGAAAAAUGAAUUCAUGUGAAUGUAGUUACUUGUAAAUAUUUUGUGAACUAUUGUUUAAGAAAUAGUUAUUAAAAUGUAAAGAUGCUGCCUUAUAAAUACACAUAUCAUGCUUUAGUACAUCAUUUGUACAGUGUAUUUGUAUAUAUUAUUUAGAUUAGUAUUUUAUAAAAUGUAAAUUAUUGCUAUUUUGUUUAAAAUUUUCUUUUGAUCUGUCUAUAUGAUAAUUUUCCAUCGCAAACUUCUCAAGUGAUAUGAGUUUCUCUAAGUUGAGUAAAAAGAGAUUGGAUGAUGUCAUGAGCCAAUGUCAUUGACGUUGCCUAGGAAAAUAGCUAUUUACAGAUUAUGGCAUUGUCAGUUUGUCUUCAACUUAUGAGUUUGAAUAAUCCUUUGGUAUCUCCCCCUUUCUUAAUCAAUGAUCUUUUAAAAAGAGGAUAUUUCUCUGCCUUAUAUGUUAUAUACUAUUACUGUUACCAUCUAUUUUUCAAUGGACAAUCAAUAAUUAUAUAACUAGAAAUAAUUUGAAAAAUCUUUCAGAACAAAUUACUAAUUUUGACUUUCAGACAGAUGACUUUUGUGAACUCUGUCAAAUAGAUUCAUCAAUUAUCUUUUACAUUUUUCACUACAUUAUAUCUAAGCCCUAUUUUUUUUUCAAUAGCCUUAUUUAUAAAUUAUAAAGAAUGUUAUGGAUUAUAUUAUUAUUGGUGCAUUUGUAGUGCUCAGCAGUUCUUUUUAAACAAAAAAAUCUUAUGAUAAAAUGUACAACACAUAUUUUUAAAUAUUGUUUUUGUGGAGAAUAAACUUGAUAUUUUAUUAUAAGAUUUUUGUGUGAAAAAGGCAACAUAUCCAGAUAUCUUGAUUGCUCAUAUUGGUAAAAUAUAAUAAUAAUAUUAAGUUUAUCUAUGUUAUGUACAGUAGAGAGAAAUAUUUAUACAGAUUCAUGUGCCAAUAUAGAAGUCUAUGCAAAAAAAAAUCCAGUUUGUAAUUGUGCAAACACACAAUUAUAAGGACACAUUUUUGAUGUAGAAAAAAAUAGGUGUAAAAGAUAUUGUUGUUUAAUAUCCCCACCUCAAAUGGAGAAAAUUCAGUCAUUUUGGACUAUUGCUUCAUUAUGACUAGAGUUAACUAAAUAUUACUUAGUCUUUACUGUGAUAUAGUUAUUUUAUCAGUAUUGUAUAUAAUAUAUUUUUGUAUUUCCUUAUAGUAUAUAUGUAACAGUACCAAGGAUCCGGAAAUUUUUCCAGACAAUUUCGGUCAUUUUGAGAUGUUUGAAAAGUUGAUGCCCCUUUUCAAAUUGUCGAUAUCAACUUGACUAUAUUCAUAGCAUCAACGAACAUGACGAACUUGUAUUGCUGUUUCACCGCAUUUACUAAGUAAAUGUCUUACCAUUACCAUGAAGGACAGUUUAGGGAAGGCAACAGUCUAAAAUUGAAAUGAUUUUAAUGACUCAAAAUGGUUAAUUUCUCAGACAUUGCUUACGUUUCUUUUGAUUUGACAAAAGUUAAAACCGGAAGUUUGCGAUAUUUUAAAGUAUGAAUAAUUCCGGAUUCAUUUCCGGGAUUUGUUUUGUUUAUCAAAUUGACAGGAAAUCACCGGCUUUUUUUAUUUUAUUACCUUUAAAAGUGUUUGAAUAUAACAGAUAAUAGUUGCACUCGUUUAAUUUAGAAUGAGAUCAAUUUGCAUUUUACGAUUAAAUAUUUUGGCUGAAGACAAUUUCACGCAUGCGUAUUACACAGUAAAUAAAGCGCAUGUGUUAAUACUCAUGAAAUAGUACUUUUUUCUACGUAUUAAAAUUUGGAUUUAAUAUUUAAAUCAGAAUUGAUGACUGUCUUUGAUGAAAAGUAAAUAAAUAAUGAAUACACUUGUCAGGGAACUUUAAUGUUUUAAAGAUAUUAUUCUGAGCUUGUGAUCACUGUCAGGUGUGAAUAUUAAAACCACAGGUAAAAAGUGAUUAGCGAUCAUUAGCCAAUGUUUCCCGGAGGCAUUGAUAUAGAUAUUAAGAGGGCCCUCAGGAUUAUCAAACUACUGUAGUGGCAGUUUUAUUACAGGAAAAGGAUUAUAAACAAAAACAAGUGAUCAGAAAUCCAAAAUGGCGAUUAAGAAAUCCGAUUUCAAACAUUGAGUCAAUGAAUUGACUGAAAUUACUUCUGUAAAAAAAUAAAAUUUGUCCUAAAUCCCAAUUACUCGUUUAGGACAAAUAGUUUCAUCUUAGGACAUGACUGGCAAAUAUGACCGUUUCCGGACCCUUGAACAGUACUGUCAGAUGUCCCACCAAGUCAGUGGUAUUUACUUUUUCAGUAUAAAAUUUACAAUUAAUAGAUUACUGUUUUUUUUUUCCAUUUACAAACAACAAAAGAUGUUGGUACAAAGUACCAUUGUUUUUUUUUCAUGUAAGCAAGUGUGGACACAGAUCAGUGUGGAUAGUAAUUGUUUUACUUCAUGUAAAUAAUUUGAUGUAUCCAGAUAAGUAAAGCUGGAUUUUAGUUAGAAUUUUAAAAACACUGUCCUUUAGACAAAAAGGUGUAGAAUAUAGAAAGUGUGUCUCUCUUUUGGGUUUAACAUUGUUUUUUAAUUUUAAUUUUCAAUAUGGCAUUCUCAGUACGGACUAAAUUUCUUUAAAUAAGAAAACUUUAAAAAUUAAAAUCAUUAUAAAUAUAAUUUGAAAAAUAAGUUUAAAUUUGAAAUGCUAAGAGAAUUAAAUACUAGUAAAUAAAUUAAUUCAGAGGAAAAAAGAUAGCUAGAAUGAAAUAAUAUAUAUAAAUAAAUAAAAAUAUUAAAAUAAUAAAACAAUAGAAAUAAGAAAAGUAAAGUAAAAAAAGAAAGUGUUUCAGAUGAUCAGAUAAUUACAAAUACAUAAAGAUACAUUAUUGUUUAAAGAAUGUUUUUGCAAAUGACUACUUACUUUCAAUAAUUUAGACAUCGAAUUUGAAGUUUCCGUCCAGAGCUAUUAGUUGCUUUUCUAACUGUGCAUUGUAAAUUCAAAUAUGCUUUUUAGAAUGUUUUAGUAAACUUUCUUAAUAGCCCUGGAGUAAAGUUAUUUGUUUUUCUAUUGUUGAAAAGCUGAAAAUGCUCAAUUUUUUAAUGGUCAUUCCUAGAAUUUCACCAUUGUGGAAUAAUAUAUAUAUAUAUUAUUAAAGAUGAAUAAAUGCAGUACUGCAGAAAAUAUAAUUUUCUUGAAAAUGUCUAAGUUUGAUUGUUUAAAAUAAACAUAAAAUAUAAUUGUGUGACAGAAGAGGUGUACAUGACCAUGUUAUAUAAGAUUGAUAAAACUUCAAAUACGAACAAUUUUAGUAUUUUGUAUAAGAAUUAUGAUAAAAGUUGAGUUUAAGAUUUUUGUUUGUAAUUCAGAAAUUAAUGCUAGGUUUUUAUUAAUGUGAAUAAUGUGACUCAGUGAGUAUUGCAAUAAUAAGAACUUGCUGUCUGAUAUCUGAUAUGAAAUAUAGAGACAUUCAAAUAUGCAACAAUAUUUGAGGAAACUUUAUAAAAAAAAAUGUAUUCAUAAGGAUAUUUAAUAGAAUCAUUUUAAAAGAACUUCAGAAAAAUAUUUAUAAAAAUAUUUUUUUUAAUGAAAAACUUUGACAUAACCUUCAGCUGUUUGAAUUUACUCAACCCUAUCUAAGAACAGCCCUCUUUUAAAUACCUAUAACGUAUUAUAAAAAUUUAGGGAGUCAAACUGCAUAAUAUUGCUAGAAAAGUCCCAUACUCCAUCACCCAUUUAGUAUUAUUUAAAUUUUCCCCUUUUCAUGAUUUUGUCACAUAUCAUAAUUCUUCCUAAGUUCAAUAGUCAGAUUAUAUAGGAACAAUUAGUUCUGCUUCAUUUGGCCUGUGACUAAUACAUUGAAUUUAUCUAUUACCAGAUUUGGACAAAUUUUAAAACAAAUUUGAUUAAGACAUGAUUUCAUUGUCUGGAACAGUUUUUCAAAUAAAUAUAGGAUAUGUUCAAAAGUAAAAAGUCAUUUAUUUUAUAGAUUAAACCUUAUUGUAUGAUAAGAAUUAUACUUUAAUCAAAACAAUAUAAUACUUUUCGUAAUUUCAAAAGUAAAGAGGAAACCAAAGGCCAUUUCAUUAGGGAACAACCAUUUAACUUCAAGGAGGGGGUUAUGGUUUUUUCCUAAAAAUAUAUUCUGAUCCUCAAUUUGAUGAAAAAAAAUAUUGGGGUCAAGCAGAUGACAAAAAGUAAUUAUCCUGAAUCCAGAUUUUCCCCAUACCUUAUACUGUUAAAUUUUGAAAAAAAUAAUUUGAUUGAUAGCGUUGAAAAACUAAAAAAAUGUUCGCCCUUUGCGUGAACAAAAUAUUCUGACUGGGACAAAAUCCAUACCCCCUUUGAAGUUAAAUGGUUGCUCCAUUAAUACACCAAAUUUUUUUGCCAGUGGAGGAAUGUUUUACCUUGUAUUUUUUUAUGUCACAAGAGAUAAUAUUUCAUGUACGCGUUGGAAGUUCAUCCAAAUAAGUCAUUAGUUUUAAAGUCUUGAGUACAAUCUAGGGAGUGACAGGAUAAAUUCCUAAAGUGCAAUUUAAAAGGAAAUAAAUGCAUAAUAUGAAUGUCAGAUUUAUAUAUUCAAAUGUAAAAGUUUUAGAAAAAGAGCAUAAAUAUAUCAAUAAGGCGAUAUUGACUUUCAUAACGAUAUAUAUAUAUAUGACAUAUGAUAUUAUUGAAAACAAUCCCAAGAUUUAACAAUUAGUCUCGUAAUUCUUUGUUGCCUGCAUUUCUAAAAAACAUACAUGUAAAUUGUAUAUCUAAUAAUAAUUUGUUUAGAAGGGCAUUUUAAUUUAUUUUUAUCCUUUCAUCAUGAACAUAUAUUAUUACAAUUUGAUAAGCUAUUAUUUUUAUAAAUUAUACUAUUAUUUUUUAUGAAGUUUGAUUCUGAAAAAAGGGAAAAGCAGAAUUUGAAAAAGAACAGGUUGCAAUCAAUUAUGUGUUCUUGUAUAUCUUUUAAGUAUGAAAUUAAGAUGUAAACAUAUAUAUGCAAUACUUAAAGUAAGUGAAGCUGGAUUCUAGAUGUAAGGUUGAUUAAUUAAUUGAUUGUUGGCAUUUUAUUUUCCUCUUAAUAAUUGCUACUGUACAAUAUGCAAACAACAAUCUAUCAUUCAUAAUAUAAGACAUUGAUAAUAAUAGAAGAUGUAGAAGUAAUUUAGAUUUAUAAUUCUUAUCAUGUUUAGAAAUACAUUUAUGAAGACUUUUAUUUAAUAAAUUGAAAGUAAAAGGACAUUAAUAAUGACAGGGCAUAUAAUUAUAUAUUUUAUUCCCCAUAAAGAUACCAUUUAAAUUGGUAAUUGCAGUCUUCCAGAUGCAUAAGAAAUACUUGCCUAUUGCUAUAGUUUUUGUAUUUUUAUAUUAUGAAAUAAUUUCAUGCUUAAAAUACUAAAGCCACAUUUUUAUCUUUUGUUAAAUUUGAUCAGCUGAGUAAGUAAAAAUUAUUUUGGAUUGACUUUGAAAAGAUCCAACUCAAUAUUUUCUAUAUGCAACACUUAAUAUAGAAAAAUGAGCUCAGGUUCAUAAAUUCAUUACCUGCUUCUUUCAUUAAAAAAAAGAUAAAAGGCCAAGUCCAUGUUUUUUUCAUGGGAUUAUUUGAAAAUCUGUGUGUCUCAAAAAUAUGUCUCAAAUAUAAAACAAAAAGUGCUCAAUUCCAUUAUGUACUGAAGAUUUCCUGAAGAUUCCAAUGAAAUCCAGUCAUAGAAACAAAGUGGGAAUGGAAGAGCAAAUGAACAAAUGGAUUGGAGAAUGAACAUACUAUUCACUAUAAUUCCCAUUUUUACUUAGAUAUAUGUCAACAGAUAUUUAUUCUGCUGAAAUUACUUUGGAUCAAUAAAUAAGAAAAUUGAUAGUGGAAUAACAUAUAACUUUUACAGAAGUUUAUUUAUCUAUCAACUCUUCAUAUCCAAGACAAGACAAGUCAGUGUCUGAAUUUUAGUAAAACUUUCAGAGAAUUAUUUGCACUUCAUAUUAAGCAUUUUGAAACUGCUAUUUGAUUUUCUACCUUAUCUGAUAUACUCCAAUGAAAACAUGGACUUUGUAAGAAAUACAAAAGGAAAAUGGCAUGUUGUAGCACUAACUGUAUUUCAUAUAAAGUUUUUCAUAAAUCUUCUGUAACUAAUGUCAUUAUGGACCUCUUAUUUAAUUUUUUCGGUUUGAGUGAUUGUUUGGAUUUCCAAAAGCAAUUUUUUAGCAUUUCUGCACUAAUGAUUGGAACAGGAUAAUGAUUUUGUGAGCUCCUCUUUAAGUUUUUCACAUUUGGUUAAGAAAUUAAGUGCUGCAGUUAUUUUGACGUCACAUAGCAGGCAAAAUUGACAACAAAUAUUAGCAAUUUCAUAAUGACAUUAAGUUCACUUAUGUACAAACGUACAAACAUUAUCAGCAUAAUAUGAAAAAAGACAAAGAAAUUUGAAAAUUACAAGCUCAAUAGCUUUAGUGUUUUUUUUUUAUUAUUAUAGUUUUUGGUCUUUCAUGUUUUGGCAAUUAUAUUGUAAUCAGGUUCAGAAUUGUUUUGAUUCUUUUUUAAUUGUAUAUGAUUUUGUUUAUUUAUAAUUCCUUAUUUAAUUGUAAUCUUCAACCUGUUUAGUUCAUGUAUAUUAUUAGAAUUACAACCAUCAUGGAUUUUUGGUUAAAUGGUUGUGAAUAUUUUUAUUGAUGGCUCAACUGUUGUUAGCAACAUUACAUUACCAGUAUAAACAUUAUCGAUAUCAGUUUCUAAGUAGUCUAUAUUCCUUCUAUUCUAUAGUUUGGAUCAGAGAAACCUAUCAGUGUUAUAUGUUUUUGUGAUGCCAAAGACUGAUGUAUUUAUGUUUCAAAUAAAUUUCCAGAAAAGAAAAAAAUAAGAAAAGGAAUUUUUAAUUCUGUUUAAAUUUUUUGUGGCAUUAUUAUUUGUUUACAAGUACAGCUGAAAGAGAUUCCAAAAGAAAAAGGGGUAUGAUAAGAACAAUUUCUUGGACCCUUUAAAAACCAAUUUUAGAUUUAACAAAAUCCCUCAGAUAUUUAUUUAUGAUAAUUUUUUAAAAGUCUGAUAUAUAUUUGCUUUAGGCAUUAUUUCUGCCAUUUCACAGUCCAAAUAAAGGCUCUUGUCACACCUAAUCCUAUAUUAUAUUUCUCAAGCAUGAAAAAAACCUUUUGUAGAAUUGAGUUAUCUAUAUGUUCAAGAUGCAAUCUAGUCUUGUUAAUUUGGUCAUUAUAGUUUGUACAUAUCAUUAUCAUGAGCCAACAAGAAUAAAAUAAAUUCCAUAAGGUUUUUUUUUUUUUUAGAAUUGUAUUAAAUCGAUUCAUAUUAAUUAAUAAAUUCUAUUUUUCAUUAAGUAACUUUUCUUUAAGGCUAAACUGAACAUGUUUGUAAUAUCUAUGCAUCAUUUCCACAGAUCACAUAAUUUUUGUACCAUGACAUGUUUAGCUGUUUACACAUUGAAACAGUUUUUUUUCAAAUUAUGGCAUUGAUAAAAGUUUUGAAAAGAUUGAUGACCAUGUUAUCAAAUUGACUAUGUGAGCACCACUAAAAAAAAUAAAGCAUAUGGGUAUUUGAUAAAACAUGUGAAAUAAUGACGAUUAUAGAUACCAGGUUCAGUGACUAUCGUGAAAUGAAAGUAAAUUCACUAAAUAAAUGUAUCAAUGAUGUGAAAAAAUUUUGUUCUGUUGUUGCCUUUAUGUAAACAUGUUUAUUUUAUUAUUACCGUACCAUAUAGGAAACUGGAAUGUUCUAUAAAACAUGUAUUUUCCUAAUGAAAAAUAAUAUAAUUCCAGCCAUUAUUUCAAUAAAAUUGAUUUCUUA